UUACCAAAUACAUUAAAAGUGAAAGUAAAAAGCAACCAUGCAACUGCCAUUUUAAGACGACUGCGUUAUGAAGGCUUCUGCAGACAGUAUCUCCUGCAUCAAGCUGUCUGUCCGUGAAAAGUGACCACUCCAUGGAUCGACCAAAUGGAGAUCCCAGAGUUCAGUGGGGAGGAACAUCACCUACCUCCACAGUUGUUUCCCUGAACAGUACCAGGUCCAUUGAUAGACCGAUCACCUUCAGAGACAGAACCACAAGUCCAUACUCCAGGCCUUUGGGAGCAGUAUCUCCUACUCCAAGCCAACUCUCCUUGAGAAGUGACCACUCCAUGGAUCGACCUAUCACAUUUACAAAUGGAGAUAUCAGUGGUAAACGGGAGAGGAUGUGGUCACCGUGUCUGUCCAUGAAGAGUGAUUGGUCCAUGGACAGGCCCAUUACGUUUGGAAGAUAUGCCAGGCCUUUGGGAGCACUAUCUCCUACUCCAAGCCAACUCUCCUUGAGAAGUGACCACUCCAUGGAUCGACCUAUCACAUUUACAGAUGGAGAUCUCAGUGGUAAACAGGAGAGGAUGUUGUCACCGUGUCUGUCCAUGAAGAGUGAUUGGUCCAUGGACAGGCCCAUUACGUUUGGAAGAGAUGCCAGGCCUUUGGGAGCACUAUAUCCUACCCUAAGCCAACUCUCCUUGAGAAGUGACCACUCCAUGGAUCGACCUAUCACAUUUACAGAUGGAGAUCUCAGUGUUAAACAGGAGAGGAUGUUGUCACCGUGUCUGUCCAUGAAGAGUGAUUGGUCCAUGGACAGGCCCAUUACGUUUGGAAGAUAUCCCAGUGUUAAACAGGAGAGGGUGUGGUCACCGUGUCUGUCCAUGAAGAGUGAUUGGUCCAUGGACAGGCCCAUUUCGUUUGGAAGAGAUGCCAGUGAGCUGACAGCCAGUCUGCUGACAGAGGACCUCUUCAGAUGCUCAGUGUGUACAGAGUUUCUCAAAAAGCCAGUCUCCAUCCCCUGUGGACACAGUUACUGCAGACAGUGCAUUGAGACCUACUGGAACCAGCCUGACCAGACAGGAGAGUACGACUGCCCCCAGUGCGGAAAGAGAUUCAGAACACGUCCUGACCUCCUCACUAACUCAGCCUUGGAGAAGGUGAUUGGGAAACUCCACCAGGCAGGGUUCAAGGUCCCUGCUCUUCCCAACCACUGCUACGCUGGACCUGGAGAUGUGGCCUGUGAUCUCUGCACUGAGAAACAGCUCAAAGCUGUGAAGUCCUGUCUGACCUGCACUGCCUCCUACUGCGAGAGUCACGUCAGGCAUCACUACACCGUAGCAGCUCUGCAGAGACACACCCUGGUGGAGGUGACUGGACACCUGGACCAGAAACUGUGCCAGCUGCACCACAGAGCUCUGGAGGUCUUCUGUAAGACAGACCAGGUCUCUGUUUGUCUUCUGUGUGCCUUGCAAGACCACAGAAGCCAUGAUGUCAUAAAGAAUGAGAGAGAUGCUGAAGAGGAAAACGGCCAAUACCAGGAGGGCCAGAUUGCCUCCAGGCUUGAAGCUAGACUCCAGAGAGAGAUCAAGGUUCUACUACAUGAUACAGAGGAGCUUGUUUCUGACAACUCUGAGCAGGUACCAUUUAGUGUCAAUACUGUACCUUCUGGCCAGACAGUACUGGUUGCUACCUUAACAAUACUUUACCUUCUGGAAUACAGUACUGGUUGCUACCUUAAUAAUACUUUACCUUCUAGACAUACAGUACUGGUUGCUACCUUAACAAUACUUUACCUUCUAGACAUACAGUACUGGUUGCUACCUUAAUAAUACUUUACCUUCUGGAAUACAGUACUGGCUGCUACCUUAACAAUACUUUACCUUCUGGAAUACAGUACUGGUUGCUACCUUAACAAUACUUUACCUUCUGGAAUACAGUACUGGUUGCUACCUUAACAAUAAUGUACCUUCUGGAAUACAGUACUGGUAGCUACCUUAACAAUACUUUACCUUCUAGACAUACAGUACUGGUUGCUACCUUAACAAUACUUUACCUUCUAGACAUACAGUACUGGUUGCUACCUUAAUAAUACUUUACCUUCUGGAAUACAGUACUGGUUGCUACCUUAACAAUACUUUACAUUCUGGAAUACAGUGCUGGUUGCUACCUUAACAAUACUUUACCUUCUGGAAUACAGUACUGGUAGCUACCUUAACAAUAUUUUACCUUCUGGAAUACAGUACUGGUUGCUACCUUAACAAUACUUUACCUUCUGGAAUACAGUACUGGUUGCUACCUUAACAAUACUUUACCUUCUGGAAUACAGUACUGGUAGCUUCCUUAACAAUAAUUUACCUUCUGGAAUACAGUACUGGUUGCUACCUUAACAAUACUUUACCUUCUGGAAUACAGUACUGGUUGCUACCUUAACAAUACUUUACCUUCUGGAAUACAGUACUGGUUGCUACCUUAACAA